AUGGAGAGAAGUCAGACUGAAAUGUUAUCUUUGUGUAUUCAGAUACGGGAAGCUGACAUCUCUCGACUCUCUUUUGCGGUUGAGCUUGCUGAAGAAUUUUAUGGGAGAGUGAAGGGUCAAGAUGUUGCAUUUGAACCUGCUAAACUCUUGUGGCUCAUCCAACGUGAUUUUUUGCAAGGGAAAUCGGUGCAAGAAAUGGUGAAUGAAGCUCUGAGACGAGUCCCCAAUACUGAUGGGAACAAAAAUAUUGACGUGGUCAAUCAAAUUCGAGAUUCAUUGGCUGUUAUGGGCGACAACAGCACUGCCUUUAGCUUACCGCAACCACAUCUUCAGCGGACAAAGCUUUGUGAUAUGAAGGAUGUGGAGCUCGAUCAAUUAUAUGUCAAGAGAAGGGAGCAAUUGAAAAAGCUUGUUGCUAGCAUAAUCUCUCCGAAGAUUGUACAGGGAAAGACACUAACUGGAAAGGAGUUCGUCUCCUUUCUGGAGCAGAUACUUGAAGCCUUGAACAAAGGAGAAAUUCCAUCGACAGGCUCUCUGGUGGAGGUUUUCAAUAAGAAUAUUCUUGAGAAAUGUCUGAAGCUAUACAGUGAAAAGAUGGCAACAUUAGUUCUACCUCUUCCUGAGGAAUCUCUGCAGGGGGCCCAUGAUAGGACUAGAGAUGAAAUCAUGCAUGUUUUUGAUCAGCAGCAUUUUGGUCGUCACCAUGCUAAGAAAUCAGUUAUGCAGCUGGAUGAAGAAAUACGACAGGUGUACAAGAAUUUUGUUUUGCAAAACGAGUUUCAAUCUUCAAAGCUCUGUGAGGGACUGUACACCAGGUGUGAGGACAGAAUGGAUCAGCUUCAAGUUCUCAAGCUUCCUUCCUUGGCAAAAUUUAAUGCAGGUUUCCUGCAAUGCAAUCAUAGUUUUGAGCACGAAUGUGUUGGACCUUCAAAAGCAAAUUAUGAGCAACGCAUGAUGAAGAUGUUGGGGAAGUCUCGGUCUCUGUUUAUAAAGGAAUACAACCACAGACUCUUCAAUUGGUUGGUGGCCUUCUCCUUAGUUAUGGUAGUCAUUGGCCGCUUUUUUAUAAAAUUCAUUUUGAUUGAAAUUGGAGCAUGGGCACUCUUUAUAUUUCUGGAGACAUACACAAGAAUGUUUUGGUCAGCAGAGGCACUUUACUAUAACCCAGUUUGGCAUUUUAUAGUUGCAACCUGGGAAACUGUUGUUUACAGCCCUGUUCUGGAUCUUGACAGAUGGGCUAUUCCCCUCGGUGCAGUCCUGUCAUUGUUUAUUCUUUAUUGGCGGUGUUAUGGGAGAAGGAAAUAUGGUUCCCAGUGGCUAUUACCUUUAUACAGAACCAAUAAAAAUGGUUCUAAUCGACAACGAACAGACUAA